AUCUGAUAAGCCAGUACCAAAUCGAGCGUGUGUGCAAGUGGUCAUGGCAGGUUUGAGCAGAGAUGGCCAAGGGCCAAUAAUUGGAAAAUUGGAGUCACAAAUAUAUUGCAUCAAGUAUACGUUGUUUUGCUUCAACGUUGUAUUGUGGCUGUUCGGCUUAUCUAUCUUCGCACUAUGUUUGUGGAUAUGCGUGGAGCCAGGAUUCAACGAAUGGAUGAAGAUACUUGAGUUACAGAAGUUCUUUAUAGGUAUCUACAUCAUACUUAUCGGAACUCUUGGUAUCAUGGUCGUCGCUUUCCUUGGAUGUGGUUCAGCUUUGAUGGAAAAUAUUAAAUUGCUUUAUAUUUAUAUAGCUUCACAAAUAGGUCUGUUUGUCUUCGGCCUCGUUGGAGCCUGUGUUCUACUGGACUUCUCGACUUACGAUUCUAGUAUCCAGCCCAUUAUUAAAGAUGUGCUUGUUCGACUUAUUAAUAAUCCAAUGCAUGAGGGUAGCCGAGAAAUUUUGAGGAUGGUACAAGAAGGAAUUGGUUGUUGCGGUGCUGAUGGUCCCAUGGACUACCUCAACCUGAACAAGCCUCUGCCCUCUGAAUGCCGUGACUCUGUGACCGGAAAUGCCUACUUCCAUGGAUGUGUUGAUGAGCUCACUUGGUACUUGGAAGGAAGAACCGGUUGGUUAGCUGGCAUUGUCCUUGCCUCUUGCAUGAUUUGUAUUAUAAAUUCUGUGAUGUCCCUCGUGCUUAUUCAAGCAGUGAAGAAGGAGGAGGAGGAAGCGAUAGUUUAUAAAAAUUAAUUAAAUUUAAUAAAAAUAUAGACUAAGAUUUAUUAUAUUUUUAGACGUGACGUAUAUCGCAUUUUAAUUAACCACCGUUUUAUAAUAAGUGUAUUGAUUAAAUUUUAAA